AUUUCCUCCAACAUGGAACCAAAUCCUCCCACCAAACGCCGCCUCUCCGCCGAGCAAGAAACCUCAAUCCUCAUCGAAUCUCUCAUCCACGUCAUCUCCGGCAUGCCCGAUGACACCGCCCCGACGUUCUCCCUCCCCGCUGUCGAUAAUUGCAAGCAAUGCGGCGUCGACGGCUGCCUCGGCUGCCAUUUCUUCGAAUCCUCGGUUUUGAGUGAGGACAAGCGGUCGAAGAGGAGGAAGAGGGAGAAAAGGAUUAAGUAUCGAGGAGUUCGGCAACGACCGUGGGGGAAAUGGGUGGCGGAGAUUCGCGAUCCGCGGCGAGCUGUUAGGAAGUGGUUGGGAACUUUCGAUACGGCUGAGGAAGCUGCUCGCGCCUAUGAUAAGGCUGCGAUCGAGUUUCGUGGCGCUCGAGCUAAGCUUAAUUUUUCAUCAGUGGAUCAAGUUAUUGAGUUGACACCGACGGCGGGGACGACAGAGGAAGAGAUAAGUCGUGAAUCUCCAGAUGAGUGGAUAUAUCUAGAAUAGGAUUUACUUAGUUUCGAAAUCAUUUUGAGAAGUAUAAUAAAAUAGCAGUUUUCAAAUUCAUAUUAUUCUUACCUCAUAUUUAAUAUUUUUUACAUGAAUGAUUUUUUUUUUAAUUUGCAUU